GAAAAGGCAAAAUCAAAAUAAUCCUCCCCAAGGGCCAAGGCAAGACGACGCCGUUUCACAAAGGAGUACCAAACCAAGGUCCGGUUGACCAUAAGUUGGAGAAGUCAUACUCAGAAAAGGUACCACCGCAGCGAACAACAUAGCCCGCCGAUUUAUUUAUCCGAAGACCGAUCUAUCGCAGCCACACUAUUCUCUCCGGCGGUCUUCGAUUCUCAUUCUCCGCCAUGUGUAACGGCCACCAGCGAUCUUUGUUCAGAGGUAGCCUUACUCCCUACCAGAGCUCCGUUCCGGACAACGGUGAGGACAAUCUACGGGGCCGACUAGCGGAAACCGAGUCCCGCCUCGCUCAAGUUAGGGCUCGAGAGGCGGAGCUCAGCCGACUCUUGGAGGAGAUGAAGCGAUUAGUCUCUGUUAUGGAGAUCCUCGAGAACUACCUCAAACGACAGUACCGCGACCGCCAAGAAUAUGCGGUUCGUCUCCUCUCUCCUCUAUCUCCAAAAUAGAAAUUCCUCUUUGCCAUCGCAUUCGCGGUCUGUAAUUCAACCAAAACUCCUUUUGUUUACUUGUAUCUUCGUUCUUUUGAAUCUCAAUCUAUGUUGAUUGUAUUCGAUUCGCCUCCAAAAUCUAUGAAUUGUGCGAUUUAAGAAUUUGUAGUUGCCGGUUUUCGUUA